AUGUCGCGCAAGCUUCGAAACUUUUUAGCGGAUUUGUUUGGUAAGAAAGAAAGAUCGGAUUGCACGAUCAUCUUUUACGUUCCAACUUCCGACACUCCGAGGGAAAAGCCCGCCGGGAUAAAGUCCUCGGCUUGCGCCCAUCUGCUGGUGCUUUGCGGAGCCUCACCCCGCUUCAGUGCGCAAGUGGACCGAUGGACAGAGGACAAAGAACCCUCGAACCGCCACGGGCCAGGGGCAGUUCUCCGCGUGCCUCUCGAUUCGGAGGACGCGCUGCCUUACGCUCUUUCCACCAUUCGCUUCAUGUACACCGAUAAGCUGGAGGGCCUCAACACGGUGGAUGCGCUGCUACGUGUGCGGCAGCUCGCGGCCUAUCUGCAAGUCGAGGGCUGCGUUGAGGCUUGCGACACGGCACUAAAGUCCCUUGUGGGGGGAACCCCCGAACGGCCCCUCGGAACAGAAAGUUCGACAACCACGACAAGGGCCGCGGGACGUGCCGCUGCUUUAAGCGGUGUUAUAAACUUGUACAUGAGCCGCAGCCUGCUGGACGAGGACCAGGGCGAAGUGGGCAAGCUUCUUCACGUAUGCCGUGAGCAGCUGGACGCUGCCUGGGCCCUCAGCGACUUAGACGUGCGGAAGCAGGUGGAGGGGCUGCCGCUCGGGGCGAUGGAAGCACUGCUACAGAGCGACACUUUCUCCACCGACGAUGAAUCUAGUGUGCUGCUGCUGGUGGCGUGCUGGUUGCAGGCGUCUGGGUCAUUAAAGACGGAUAAAACCAGCGAAGCAUGCAGCUGCCUAUGCAAGCUCGUGCGGCUGAGCCACCUUCCCAGCACCUUCCUUCAUGUCGUGCUGCCAAGCCUGUCCUGGUUCCCCAUUACCCCAGGGGAACACCGCUUCCUCUGCGACUAUGCACAUGCACCGCCGUUGCUGCGGGCGCAAAUGGCGGCAGCUGCUGCUGGAAUGUACGACUGCGGGUCAGCCUGGUAUACGGCGGCUGUACGGCCUCGGUCGUCAAUGCAGUCACUACGGUCGUUUGAUUGGUACAUCACCCGGAAAAGCCUGCAGACUGCACUAUCCACGGAUGCAGCAGCACAGUCUGUUACCAUCGACGGGACCUUCGUGGAUGGCAGCAACUGCGUCGUAGCUGGUGGCCUCAAAUGGUGUCCGUAUGUGCAGUACGACAAGGGUACGGAUAUGGCCGGCGUCUUCCUAUCCUGCCAGUGGCCUCAGUCCUUGGGGCUGUCCGAUGCCGCAGAACUUGUGGCAUUGGUGCAGCCGGGUGCUGUUACCCUGUCCGUCGACAAGGGGAGAACGGCGGAAGGGGGUUCUGCUGGAAAUGUCGCGUGGAAGAUGAGCUUUGGACCGGAGACCUUCGUGCGUGUUGGCUGGAGUUGCGGCAACAAGGCGGCGCUGCCGCUGCAGCUCUUGGCGGCGACGGAGGGUGAGGGGAAGCAGACUCCAGGGCAGGGCCGAGGCGACAGCGGUGGCAGCAGAGCUGAUGUGCCGGCAUCGCCGCUCUUGCCGGACUACUCCUCGCUGACACCCUGGGAGCCGUACCUAACGGAAGAUAGCUUGUGGGGUUCACUUUCGUGGGCUUCAUGA